UUAACCGACCUUUCUACUUUCCCAAGUGAUGGUUCAAAGGUGCACAUUGCAUAUCAGGGGGUACCGGGUGCAUUCAGUGAGGCAGCCGCUCUCAAAACAUAUCCUAAAUGUGAGGCUGUUCCUUGUGAUCAGCUCGAAGAUGCAUUCAAGGCAGUUGAACUAUGGCUGGUUGAUAAAGCAGUUCUUCCCAUUGAGAAUUCUCUGGGUGGAAGCAUCCAUCGUAAUUAUGAUUUGCUCCUCCGGCAUAGGCUGCACAUUGUGGAUGAGGUGCAGUUGGUUGUUGACCACUGCCUGUUGGGAUUGCCAGCUGUGAGAAAGGAGGACCUAAAACGUGUCUUAAGCCAUCCACAGACACUUGCUCAAUGUGAGAUUAACUUGAGCAAGUUGGGUGUUGUUAGAGAAAGUGUAGAUGAUACUGCAGGAGCUGCCCAGUUCAUAGCAUCAAGUGGCCUAAGAGAUGCUGGAUUUGUUGCAAGUGCUCGAGCUGCAGAAAUUUAUGGGUUUAACAUUCUUGCAGAAAGAUUCCAAGAUGAUUCCGACAAUAUUACUCGUUUUCUGAUACUUUCAAGGGAUCCUAUAAUUCCCAAAACUGACAGGCCCUUUAAGACAAGCAUUGUUUUCACCUUAGAAGAAGGCCCUGGGCUAAUGUUUAAAGCCUUGGCUGUUUUUUCUUUGAGGGGCAUAAAUUUAACAAAGAUUGAAAGCCAACCACAGAGAAAGCACCCACUGAGGGUUGUUGAUGACUCUAACAAUGGGAUUGCUAAGUAUUUUGAUUUUGAAGCUUCUAUGGCAGAACCUCGUGCACAAAAGGCUUUGGAGCAUCUACAGGUACAUGCUUUGUUUUCUAUUAUGAUGGGCCUUCUAACAUUCACCAUUUUGGGGAAUUAACAUGACAUUAACUGA